CCCAACUAGCCGAGCAAAACUUGUUGCCUCACAAAAAGCAAACGUUGAUACGUGUUGCGACUUGCUACUGUUGUUGUGAAAAUGAAAAUCCAAUUUUAGCGCAGAGGAAUAAACGUGCUAAUAGCCCGUGCGGCGAGGUCUCGUGCGCUUCUUCGUCUUAGCGUAGAGCCCGACGCGUAGCAAACAACAGAAGUCGUGCAAGAGUGUAAAUGUACGUGAUAUAAACACGAACACGCUUAAUUGAGCCCCGUAUGAAGGCUUCAUUAUUUUAGCAUUAGCUAUGAGAGGGAGAGGUAGGGGGACGUGUUCUGUUUGGACGGCAGCCGGCGCGGCAGGUACAGGUGCAUUCACCAGUGGGGAUGUGUCCCAAUUAGACAGUGUGAACAAUAGGUGUUUUCUCGCCGCAUGGCUAUCCUUCUAAAGACACUGUGGAGUGUGGAAAACACAUUUGAUCACCAGGGCCGCCUCGGGAUGGGAGGAGUUGCUCUUAAUCUUUUUUAUUGCCUGCUCAAGUUCCUGAUAAUGACGAGCAGUUUGUUCCAGACUUUCAGACUGAAAACUAAGAAAGAAAGUCAUAUGGGUUUGGGACGGCACGAGGUGGCAUUUCACGGGCUGCAGUUGAGGAUAAAAAGAGAGCCCCACAGUCCAUGUACUGAUCUGGGGUCAGCCUGUAGUCAGGAGAGGCCCUUCAGACUCCACUAUGGAGAGAAGUGCCUGUAUAACAUCAGUGCCUACGAGCAGAAGCAUCCCGCUGGAAUGAAGGCCUCCAGCCCAGUGUCUACCCCCUGCAGUACACCCGUGUCCCCUGGCCAGCAUGUGUCUCCCACCGCUGCCCCCACCCCUAAACCAGACAGAACGUAUCCUCACCUCGCUCCACCGCAACCCCUCCCUGACAGCGCUUACCCCAUGGACCACAGAUUUCGGCGGCAGCUGUCGGAGCCGUGCCAUUCGUUCCCAUCACCUCCUUCAAUGUCACGGGACGGACGGCCCAUGUAUCACAGACAGAUGUCGGAACCCAGCAUCCCUUUCCCUCCUCAGGGGUUCAAGCAGGAGUACGCCGACCCCCUCUUUGAGCAUCCGGCCAUGGUGGGGGGCCCUCUCCCCCAGACGUACCCGCACUCCAUGAUGAUCAAACAAGAGCCCCGCGACUUCACUUACGACUCGGAAGUGCCUAGCUGUCGCUCUGUAUAUCUGAGACAAGAGGGCUAUCUGACCCACACUAACAGAGCAGAAGGCUGUAUGUUCGACAAAGUUGCGAGGCACUUUUAUGACGACACGUGCGUGGUCCCAGAAAAGGUGGAAGGCGACAUAAAGCAGGAGGCUGGGAUGUAUCGUGAAGGCCCGACCUAUCAGAGACGGGGCUCAUUGCAGCUCUGGCAGUUUUUGGUAGCCCUACUGGAUGACCCCUCAAACUCACAUUUCAUCGCAUGGACUGGACGAGGAAUGGAGUUUAAACUCAUUGAGCCAGAGGAGGUGGCACGGCGCUGGGGAAUUCAGAAGAAUCGACCUGCCAUGAACUACGACAAACUCAGCAGAUCGUUGCGCUAUUACUAUGAAAAAGGCAUCAUGCAAAAGGUGGCAGGUGAAAGAUAUGUGUAUAAGUUCGUCUGCGACCCCGAGGCCUUGUUCUCCAUGGCCUUCCCUGACAAUCAGCGGCCUGUGCUGAAGACCGACCUGGAGCGUCAGAUCAACGAGGAAGACACCGUACCGCUGUCGCACUUCGACGAGAACAUGGCGUACGUUCAAGACGCCGGCUACUGCAACCCCCACCCUUACAGCGAGGGUUACGUCUACUGAACACGGAGAGACGGGACAGCGUGCUGCGCCCUCAAAAAACUUUCAGACUCCCUGAUUUUCUUCUCAGUCAUUCCCCAGGACAAAGAGGAAGUGCACUUUAUAGACAAAGAGUAGCAGUGUGUCAACCUACAGACUUACCGUAGUUACUUUAGAUGCUCCUUUGGUGUUUUUGUUGAUGUGGAAGAGGAUGUUUCAGCAUGCCGUAAUCUCAAGGGGACGUGGCCUCUCUCUGGACAGACGUUUUGAUCUGUUUAGACAGGUUAGAGUCUGGAGCACGCGGAUGGAUGAACCCCGACCUCUUUUACCGCCGAAAUUCCUCUCGGACUGUUUGUGGAGCGCUUUGUUAUUUUCACACGGUUUUCACCACGUUUGUUUUCUCUCCCUUGGUGUCAUACUGAGUAAAUAAUACAGUGUAUUACUAUGGAAAUAAAAUCCUUCAAACUUUCCAUGUUGAAGAGAGCACAUGUCUAAAGAGAUUCACAUGGCAAACAUUCCAUAAACAUCCCUUUUCGAUCUGUCCUGGACUUAAAAAACAUCUUCGACUACUUUUGGUGGUUAUGUACUAGCACAGCGUAAUGACAAAUUUAUGUUAUUUAUGACGGGUUAUUAUACACUAAUAUUUGUCAUACCGUAUAUAUAUUCUCAAAUGAAUAUACAGUCGUAGAUAAAGGGAGGUGCAAGAAAAUCUUAAUGAAAGUUAAAAAAAUCCCAUUCAAGCAUGAUUUUAAAUUCUUACACUCAAAUGCUGCUCGGAAUUUUCUUUGACUUUGACAUUUAAUAAACAUAUCCAUAGGUCAGUAUCAGUUAAACAUAUUUGGGACCAGAAUAUGACUAAUAAAUCAUAAAACAAAUCAAAUGGUUUUCUCGAAAACAAGGUUCACGUGUUUACGUUUUCAUUUACGGUUAGAAUGACAAAUUUCUUUUUCUAUUAUAUUAUCAUUAAAGUGAAUGUUGUUCCAUUACUCGCUCCCCCGUUUCAUGUUUGAACAUAUAAACGUGUAUAUUCAGGUUAAUGCACCUCAAUGCUGCUUUUCGUGUCAUUUUAGUCACGUAUGAUCAGACGGCAGCUACGCUCUGCAGUACCUUCAUUAUUUCGUUCGUUCUUUUUUACAUUGAAAAAAAUCAGUGUUUAUGGAAUGUAAAAAUAUAUAUACAUAACUGAGAAAAGAAUGGCGAUAGCUACAGUUCUGUAAUAAAAUAGUGUUGAAAUACAGUUGGAUUGUUUUUUUAUGAGUAUGAAAAUUAUUCAUGUUUUCCAAUUCAUGGUCAUUCCUAAUCCGGAUUCCUAAUAAACUGAGACCUGACAGAAGUACAGGAUAGUUUAAAAGGAAUAGUCCAAAAAUAAAAAUGAUGUCAUUGUUUAUUCACUCUCAUAUCAUUCAAAAUAUGUAUAUCCUCUUCUGUGGAACACAAAAGAUAUUUUGAAAAAUAGUGGUUUCGUAUUCAUACAAUGGAAGUCAAUGUUUGGUUACCAACGUUCUUCAGUACAGGUUUGGAAUGAGGGUGAGUAAAUAUUGAAAGAGUUUUCAUUUUUGGUUGAACUAAACUUUUAUUAAAACUAUGGAGAUGCUACAAACACCACACCAUUGAUAUUGCUGGAAACUGCAUAUUUAUUUUAGGACUCAAUGGAAUUUUCAAAUUAGUCAAUGUACUAUCAUGUCCUCUUUGUGAUCACGCCUUCCAUAAUGCAUGGCUUUCUCACGCUUCAAUUGUCACAUUGCGAGAGGCACUAUCAUGAAACAUUUAGCCAAAAGAGCCCAGGGAAAAAAAGACAAUACGUAUUUUAGGAAAGCUUUCUCAUGACUGGCAAUUGCUUUCAUUCGUAGUUCUCAUUCUGAAG